CUGGGUGGAAAUUCGACUAUCACAAUUAGACUAAUUCCAGUACAUAAAUAGCAGUCAAAGAUCAGAAAUUGUUGCCGACUUUUUCUAUUUUUCAUACAAAACUCCUCGAAUUUCUAAGGACCUCAAACAAAAUCACGGUUGGGAGAUAAUAUCUCAAGACAUUCUACACUUGAGAAAUUGAUAUUAUUCCCUUAAAAUGGUUAUAAUGCCUCUAUUUAAAUAAUAAUUUCGUUAAACUCUAAGACAUCAACGAAAGCUUCUCCUCACUCAUAACCACUCGUGAGAACCUCUCAUUUGCUCCAACAAUGGCGAGUCUAAAAGUUGUGACAUUUGUUGUUCUUGCAACACUUUUCAUGUGCGCAUUGACUAUGAGAGAAGUUGAAGCUCAAGAUAAUGCAAUCGGGAAUAAAGGUGCAGAUGCAGGAGGAGAUGAUAAGAGUGCUGCACCAAAAGAUGUACAAUCUACCAAGCCUGAUGAUCAGGCUGGCCAAUCAGUGAAUACUGGAUCUGUUGAUAAAGGAGAUGAUAAAAAGAAAGAUGUUUCAAAAGUGAAAAAGUCUGAUGAUGAAAAAGAUGACAACAAAAAAGAGGCCAAUAAGAGUGAUGACGACAAGGAUGAUAAGAAAGAUGAUGACAAAGAUUCCAAGAGCAAGAAAGAGGAUGAUAAGAAGGAGAAAAGCAACAAGGAUGAUGACAAACGCGAAAAGAAGGAGAAACCCUCUAAGAAGGAAAAGAAGGACAAGGAAGACGAGAAGGAUGACGAGAACUCAAAGAAGGAUGAUGAUAAGAAAGACGAUAAGAAGAAGGACGAAGACAAGGAGGACAAGAAGAAGAAAAAGAAGGAAAACAAGGACGAUGAUGAGAAGGAGGAGGACAAGAAGAAGAAGGAAAACAAGGACGGUGACGAGAAAGAUGACAAGGAUGAUGAGAAAAAGAAGAAGAAAGAUGAUAAUAAAAAAGAGAAAGAUGAUGAUGACGAUGAUGACAAAAAGGAUAAGAAGAAAGACGAUGAAAAGGAGAGUGAUGAGAAAGAAUCCAAGAAAGAUGGUGGUAAAGUCGAAGACCUUACGGCAAGAAAGAUGAAGAGGUAAAUUAAGUGAAAGAAAAAUAUUAUUAAUUGUGGGCAUGGAGAAUAAAAUAAAAUAAUUCCAUGGUAAUUUUUAUCCACGUGUAAAAUAAAAUCAUCAUUUUAUUUGUUUUUUGGAUAAUUUUUUAGGUGUUUUGUUUUCUGCUAUUUUUAUGUAAUUAUAAAAUGCACAUUCUCUGUGCAUAAGUUCAUUAAAGUGGUAGCUUCUUGCCACUUCACUUACUCCUAUUGAUCUUCCAUUUUCAUUAAAAUGAGUUGUUAUAC